AUGGUACAGAAAGAAACAUUAAACCUUUUCCAGUUCGCUCGUCUCUACAGCAUCUUCUUACUACGAUUGGAAAGUAAUAAUUAUCAGUCAUGGCCACCCCUUUCUUGUGUACGACUGCAAACCUUAAAAUACAAAGUUCUUCGUCGUUUGUUUUUACUCAAUUGUUGUUUUCACUUCGAGACAAUUCCCCAUCCCUCUAACACACUUCUCUUCAUAUAAAAUGUCCGAGAACAAAAUUUAACGACCAAUAAUUCACGCCACUCCAUUUAAUUAAAUGGAACAUUAAAAUAUUCAUUAACUUCACUUUCUUUCUACAGAUUCUCAUUUGUUUACAUGUCUGUAAAGUCAUCUUUAAUCCUAGACAUUACAUUUUUGAUUAGACGUACAUCCACAUUACACAGACAUUAUACGACAAAUAUGUUGCUAAUAUUUCGUACCAGUCCAUCGCCGACGUGCAUUAUCCCUUAUUUAUCAAUAUUUUACUUUCUUUCCCGUAGAUCCUACUUGGUUUGCCUUUAAUCAAAGUUAUUUUCAGUUUGUGGCAACUCCAAUCCCACAAGGAGAAGCAAAAAAAGUUUGUCUGGAAAAGAAAGGUGACCUGGCAUCCACAUCGAGCAAGGAAGAACAGGCAUUUCUAUUUAGAACAUUCGUGGAAACAAAUUCUGCUUGUGAGUAAUGAUAACUUCAAAAUGUCCGAUAAACUAGAGAUAGAUCAAAAGUAAUCUGUGGUUGAUACAGUAAUUUCGCUUAUUACGUCAAAUAGCGGCCAACCAUCUCCUAACUUGCAACUAGUUGGACACGCGGUUAACAACUUGACAAGAAAAUAUCGAGAAGAGUUUUUAGGAUAUUUUGUACACUGAGAGCAGAGCCUGAUUUCCCCUCGCGUAGCUAGAAAAUAAGGCUCUGCCGUUUUUGUGUUUAUGUCAAAACAUGUCAAAGAUCACAUGUAUUUAUAGAAUGACUGCUAAAUUUAGAGAACCAAUCGCAUGCAGUUAUCGAUACAUGCUGGACGCGCGCAACUGCAAAUGCUCUACAAUCACGGCAAUAUAAAUAAUACAAAAACAUUUUCAAAUCUAUCGAUAGCUUUGUCACUUGUGAAAUCAAACUAUUUAUUCUGAUGCAACUGGCAAUUGCUUCUAUAGCUCUGUUUCCUAAGCAUAUUGACAGGUACCAAUGACCUAAUUUGACCUUGAUAGUUUAAAUAUUUACAGUGCAAGUGUGAAAGGUCUAUUUCGGCACUUAUAGGACACUAAAAGGCUAUAAGCGAACUAUGGGUGAAGACUACUUAAAUUAAAUGACUUGGCUUGGUCAUGAUGCAAAUUCACCAGGAAAUUAUUCCUAACAUAUGUACUGUAGGAAACGUUAUUGAUAAAUUUUCUGGAACAUGUGGUUAAAGUUAAAUAUCUCGGCUUGCAAAAAGACCACUCUCGCCUCCAAUAGCAAUUAAUAACCUCACUCUUGUACACGACACUGACAUGAGAAAAAACUUCCUGGGGUUUGGAUCUUCAUCAUCAACCAAACUUAGCCUUUCAAGAUCACCACCUUCCCAUAAUCCCCCCCCCCAAACAUUCAGGCUUUGUAGACAAAAGCUGAUGCCAAAUAUCGGGUCUGAUCUCAUUGGCUUGAGACAGGUCCAUUGCAUCUUGAACCAGUUAAAUUUUUCAACAGACCAGGGCUUGAAAUAACAACUGAUCACCAAUCAAUAAUAGGCAAGAAAUUGCUUAUGAUCGGCGGAAAAGCAGGGUUUCCAACCUGAAAAAGCAGGGAAAGUCAUGACUGCCGAUCACCAUGAUCGGGAACUUUGGGAACAUUAUUUCAGGCCCUGACAGACAAACUCCAUGUUGAUAGUAUGUGACUGUCUAUAUAGAGCAUGCAUAAGCAUAGUAUAGGAAUAAUAGAAUACUGUGUUAAAGACCUUGCCAAUUUAAUAUUUCAGAUAACUAGAUAAGUAAAGUAAUAGUUAUUUGUGAUGAAAUAUUUUGUAUUUGAAUCGACUGUGAUUAAAAUAUGUUUAAAAUGCCAGGUAAAACAAACUUGUUUUCAAUAAAAGUUGGCUUCCACUGAAGCUGCAGCUUUGAGGCACCAUUUCACUUGUGAUAUUAUACAUUUUCAUAGUGGACAGUAUAUAACAAGAUGAUGAAUUUAAUUAGAUUAGACAUAGGUUAGUAAUAGCUAGGAGGACUGGGGAAGGGGCUAAAGGGAAAAACAAGGCAAUUUACAAAUCCAUGAAAUGUCCCGUAUUGUCACCCAUUUUUAACCAAGCUCCUUUUGCUGCGGUGAAAGGUGUGAGGUGGGUUUAUGGCACCUUAAAACCAGAUUGAUCAUUUUAGGUGGUGUUCAUUGUUCAUUUUAUUAUCACCCAUUUCUAAGUUCUAGCCAAACUCCUUUUGCUCUUGCAAAAGGUGUGAAGGCAAGCAAUCUGGUUUUAAGGAGCCAGAAACCUGUGCUUGUGUUCAGCUUUUUGAAGGAGCUGUCCUUUUUGCCGGAUCAUGGUUUAGCUUUUUGAAGGAGCUGUCCUUGUUGCCGGAUCAUGGUUUACUAUUUUUGGUAAACGUGUUUCCUAGGCAUGCUGAUGAGCCAAGGUAUACACUGUAAGGCGAAACAGUCUAUAUAUUAAUAUAUCAUAUGCUGAACAUUGGCAGUACGAAAAUUAUGUCAUUUACGCAUUUGUAGUUUGAUAAAACAAAAUAUCUAUACUUCCACAAAAAUUGGACUAUUAUCCUGACAUCAAAUGACGUCAUGUCAAUGACGUCAUCACGUUUUGCGUCAUCGAAGACGUCAUAAAAUUUUGACUAACGUGCGAAAAAUCCUAGAUCCGCCCCUGAACUAUUACUAUAUUUUUACAAUUGCUAUAACUUGAGAGUUUAUUUUAUCCUACGUUACUUUUCAGUAUAUUUAAGUUGUCAGCCAAAUUUCGGUUAUAAAGUAUAGCCUAAAAUUUUAAAUUUUGUAAAUAUAUAGCGGGCUAAAAUUGUAGUCAUCUGUUUACAUGCAAAACGAAGGCGCUCGCAUUUAAAACCGGUUAGAACUGCUUUAUUACCGGUUUAUUUCGUCCAGAAUUUUGGAGGAACAAAAAUACAAAAACGGCAGAGCAUUAUUUUCUACGCGUGGGGAAAUCAGGAUUUGCUCUCAGGGUAGAUAUUUUGUCAAACAGAAAUUUUAACGAACGGACAUUUUUCCAAAGAGCGAAGGGACAAUUUUCCGAAAAAACAACUUUAAUGGGUCGCUUAAGCUAUCAAAGUUCAUGUUGUAAAAUUCGCUGUUGAGCUAUGCUCAAAAGAGCAUGCUGACUUUUGAGAUAUGUUCAUAUCAUAGGAUAUUCACCCCCCUUUUGAUACGGGGCGAAUCUGAUGGGGGUGGGAGGUGGGGAAAUCCUGUAACACCGAGCUUACGAAAGUGUUAGUUAUUAACAUGUUGAUGACAAUUUCCCGUACCUAUUUAAAUUUUAGCAGGUGAUUUUGUAUGGGUUGGCCUCAACGACAUUGCUGAAGAAGGCACGUUUGUUUGGACAGAUGGUUCUCCAAACACUUAUGCGAAGUUUGCUGAUGGUCAACCUGAUAACUACGUGAAUAAUGAGCACUGUAUUAACAUAUUAAAGCUUGAAAAUGGAGAUUAUGGUGACGCCCCUUGUGAUGCCACAUUUACGUUCAUUUGUGAGACGAAUUAUGAGUCUCUUUAAACAUAAAAUUAAUGUCCACACUAAAUGCUGCAUUCCAGAUGAGCGUUCUUCUUUAGAAAUAACACAAUUUCUGAACUUUUUUGUUAUAGCGCUUAUAUUACUGUUUUAUAAAUGUCACUCAAAUAUUUUAGUUCUUUUCCUUCCUUUUCAAUUUAUGUUUUGCGGACUACGAAAACAAUUUUCCGACAAAUGCCGACAAAUCCGUUAUUUUGCGAUAAAGACUAUUUCAG